UAAAGAAGUGGAAAUGAAAAAAUAACAGAGAUCAAAACAGAAACAGAAAUCGGAACAAAAAUAAAUAUGAAGAAUAAUUCAUAAUUAUGAACUGAUAAUUGUAAAUGAAUAAUAUUAGCGCGAGUUAAACGGUUAAAUUGUAUAUAAAAUGAUCUAAUAAUCUUCGGAUUUUCGAUACAUAAUGGACCGAGAAAAUUUAAUUGGUAUCGUUCCCCCAACCACGCAUGAGAGCCAACGAGGAACAUAGAAAAUGAUGAGAACCAUUUUCAAUUACUUAAAAAAAUAAAAAUGAAGAGAGGAAAGGCAAAUGAUAACAAGAUAAAAGUGUAUUUUUAAGCGCGCGCGGGAAUAAUUUAUACAAUUAUAAAAUUAAAAAAAGGAUUAUUUACAAUAACAAAAUGGAUAAUUUUUUAUUGAAUGAUAUUUUGCGGGCUGCAGAUAAACAUCCCAACUCAAAGGUAUCAAAACUUAUACGCACAGUGGAGGAAGAACCAUCUCAGAAAAAUAUAGUUUUAUUGUUAAUCGAAUUAUCGGAUCAUGCUGAAUUUGCAACAGAUUUUAAUAUAUCAUUAAGAUAUUAUUUGGAUUUAUUUGAGAGGCUUGGCAUCAAUAGGGACUUAAUUUUAAAUGAAGCUGGUCUUUUACUUGUAAACUCCUCAAAAAUCUACUCAAAGCGAGUAGACUAUGUCCAGAGUCUAGUGGAAAGACAAAUAUUGACAUUAUCAAAUGCCGAUCAGGAAAUUCAGCAAGAAAAAGAACAAAAUGAAAAAGAAGCAGAGGAAAAAGCAUCAGCGUCUGCUGCAAAACCUAAAAGAGGCCGAAAACGAGCUCUUGAUGCUCCCACCGAUCCUUAUGAAGUGCAAUUGGAGCCGAAAAAAAUCAAAAAGAUGACACAGGAAAAGCGUUUCUCUCUUCCCAAAACCCCCACCAAAAUCAAGUCCUUACCCCGCAAUGUAGAAGUCGAACAGCAAUUACAUCCUGCAACUUGGUUGCAUGCCACAAUAUAUGAUCUGGAAAACGAUGAGGAAGUCGAUACAAAGAGAAACUACAAAUUAUUUACAUAUCACGUUGAACAUCGUUACAACACUCUAGUUCCCGAUAUUAACUUCCGUUUACAUUAUAAAGUCAAAGAUUACAUAGAUGCCCAAGAGGAAGCCGAGGAGGGAACAAUCGAUGGCUUCUAUCAUAGAAAUCAAGAGUGGCCAGCUUCAUCGGAAGAAUAUGUACAGAAAUAUAUAGACUUAGAGAAUCAUGUAUUACAAUUGGAAAUUGAUCCAACCAAACAAUGGGAACCUCCGAAAAAACUAAAAAAUGUGCCUUUAGAUAUCAUUAGGAACCAAGAAUUGGGAAUCUUAAAUACAACAAUUGCAAAUGACACUUCAAGUAUAAAUGAUUCAGGCAUGGGAACAAGUUUUUUGGAAAGCUCCUUUAAUACAUCUCGAAACGAAAGCAAUUGCCAGGAAACUGCUUUAAAAAAUAAUGCAUCACUUGUUGAAACUGCGCCUCGAGAUAAUUUGCAAAAUUCAACACAAAAUCAAUCGAACGAUUCCGCACUUGGAGAAAGCUUAUUGGACCAAACAAAUCUGAGUAAUGAGUCAAAUACAGAGCAACAAUUGAGUAUAUCAGACCAAAUAAAUGUAUCCAAUGGAACAUCCGCCGAAGUUAAUGUGACAGACAAAUCAUUGUUAACAAACGAGGCUGAUAAGGAAUCUGUUUUGCGUGAAGGUAAUGAAAAUGGUGUGACAAACUCUGAUAUUAAAGCACAGGCAGAAGCAACUGAAAAAAAUUCGACACUUGCAAAUUUCGACACAGUGGCAACCUCUUCAGAAAAUAUUGAAGGCACUUCUGAUAGUGGAACUAUAAAUGCUAAUGACAAUAAAGCAGCCAAUGAAAACAUUAUGGAAAUUGUUGGGGACAAUGGAGUCAUUGAAAACGCGACUGGUUUAAAGGAGGCUAAUGUAGUUGAAGUAGCAAGUCAUGUAGAUGCUGAAAAAUCCACAAUUUUAAAUGAAAAGGAAAAAACUACAGAAACUGAAACAAAUACCUCUAGUUUAGUAAAUGGAACAGUCGAAGAACUUGCGUUACAGCACGUUAACGGCGAUAAGGGCCUAGCGGAAUGUCUGGUUGACGAUAAAGUUCCCGAAGCGACAAUUCUUCCAAAUCAAAGUUCAACAGAUGUAGUGCCAAUAGAGAAAGAUGGUGGUUUCAUAGAAUUGGAAAUUCAUGUGAUGGAGGAAAAUGAAAACGAACCAUCGGAACGUCUGCAGUUACAAAUUUCUGCUACCGACGACGAAGGCGUCCAUUUGUCUGACGUCUUCGAAGGUGACCUGCAAAUGCUGUCACCAGCAGUGUCUGGGGUAUCAAAUAAUAAAGAUAUGAUCAUUUACAUGGAUGAUGAUAUGCGGAGGGCGCUUGGAUCAAAAGAUGGUGUGAUGGAGGAAUUUUCUCAAGAGACCUAUAAAGUACCUGUGAUACAACAACCUAGAGAGCAUCCAAUUGUGCUAAACAUUUUUCAUUUACCACCGAAACUAUUAAGAAGAAAGAUUCUUUUCAAACUGGGACCUGAAAUGGAUUUAUAUUUGAAAGCGCGCUGCUUAAAACCUACAAGGAUAAAACCACCGGCCAGGGAGUAUCGUAUGGGCAAAAAAAUGCUGUUAUAUGCUCUGAACAAUACAGAUAUGUCGGGCAUCAUGGACACUCCGCCAAAUAGUCCGGGCCAUCAAUCGGAUUUCUGUGGCUUUACAGAUGAUGAAGUUAUGCAUGAUGAGGACACCAUUUGUAGUGAGUUUCUUGGCUUCAACGAAGAUGAACCAAAUAAAGUGACCAUCAGUCCACACCGUUUAAGUAGAGAUUCUGGUGUUGGUGUGGAAGGAGCAUUAUUAACCCCUGAAAAAGAACCUCUUGAAAUUAUCUUUGAAGAAAACUUAACCGAUGUAAACAAGUGCAAGUUAAACUUAAAUGCAGAGUUGACCAAUGUAGAAAAUGCAGAAAAACAAACAACUGAGGAUAUCUUAAAUGACUUGCCAGAUUCCAUAAGGAGUGCCCUGGAGGCCGAAAUUCAAGGAGGCUUAAAAGAAUCAAUAACAGAGGGACUAACAGAAACAGAAACCACAAUCAGCGUUAAAGUGAUCGAUUCGAAUACAAUAGAAAAGACGACGGAACAAAAUUCAAAGUUAGAGGAGCUAAAUCAUGAAACAGUUGCGAAUGAUGCUUCAGCAGAUGGUGUUAGCGAAGUAACUACUCUAGAAAAGAAUUCUGCCGUAAGCAAUGAGGAAACUUUGAACAAGCCGUCAGAGGAAAAUUCCCUGGAGAAUGCCACGAAUCUUAGCGGGGAGGACAAUAUUGUCAAUGAAUCUCUUGUACAGGACCACACGUUGGAAAAAGGCCCACAAAUAGAAAGUCUUUUUGUAAAGGAAAUUACAUUAGAUGAUCAAAUACCUGCAGAUAAUAACGCUUCCAAUCACACCCUCAAUCAAAAAAGUAUAUCUGAUUCAUUAGCCAUAGAAGGGCAGAACUCUGGAGUCGUCGAUGCUAAUUGUCAGCAAGACAACGACUUAAUUGAUUUAAAUCUACAUGGGACUAAAACAAAGAUUCAACAAUGGCACGAACAUUUAAGACCAAUUUUGGCCAAAUCUAGGGAACGCCAUCAUUUCGAUGUUUUCAAUUUGGGAACUGAAAUCAUAGAAACAAUACAAACCAAUGACACAGCAGAUAACUUAGCAACAUUUGGUGAUAUAAUGGAUGAAAAGGAUAAGUCAUAUGUAUCACGAUAUUUCCUCUCCACCCUAUUAUUGGCCAAUCAAGGCAAUCUAAACAUAUCGGUUAAAAACCAAUCGAGCGAGAGUCCUUCAUCGUGGUCCGAUAUAGGACUUAAACUAUUGAGUACAAAACGCCAUACUGUUGCCAUAGAGGAUAAUAUUGGAAUGAUAAGUGAUAAAAAGCGAAAACAAAAUGCAACCAACGAGGAGUUAGUGACGAAACCUAAGAACGCAAAGAAGAAGAAGGAGCAAAUGGUGCACGAAGAUGUUGAUGAUGACGAGGACGAUGAUGAACCGUUAGUUAAGCUGCAAACUAAAUCGAAAGACGCAACUCCAUCUAAACGCCCCUCCAGCUGCAGUGCGCCAUCUCAUCUUAGGGAAAAGAAAUUCAAAGAAGUGACAGCAAGUACACCAACAAACCAUAACACAAAAGAAUAUCUAAUACUUAGUCAAGAGUACCUACCACCACUUACUGAUGUGCCUACUACAAGUAGACAGGCCCAGCAGCAGGCUGCUCUAAAUCCCGAAAUGUUAGAACAUGAGCAUUGUAAAACCUAUCAAGAUCAUAGAAAAAGUCCAGUGUUUCCAAAUGCCUGAUAUAUACACAAAAUCCCGAUUUCAAAUUGCACAUUGAAUUCAUAUUUUAGGCACACAAUAUUAACAAUCACAGAGAAGUUGUUAUUUAAAUAUGUGGGUUUCAUCUUCAUCAUCUCUCAACUACACAUAAUAAAUGUCAUUAUUGUAAAUAUGUAUGUAUCCGUUUAAUCGUAGCAAUAUUUAAUGUAGUAGCUAGAAUAUGACUCCCAAGGAGAUAAAAUUGAUCCUCACAUCAUUAUUUGUUUCAAAGCCCUAGGCGAAAUUUUAAUUUUUAUAUACCUACUACCUAAGAGUUUGUUUUAAUUCAUAACGAAAGGAAGAAAAAUUAAUGAUAUUAUGUAACAAGAGGUACAGAUACUACACAAGGCAAAAUAUGUUUAUUGUAUAAAAUUUUCUUUGUAAGAGCUCAAUUUUUAUUAUAAACCUUUCUAUGUAUUUUUUUCAGUGUAUCAAUGUCAUGUUCACAUCAGCAUUUUGAAAGUUAAAUUAAAGGGUGACAUAAUUAACUCACUCAGCAAAAGUUUGUAAACUAUUACUCAUAAUUCCACAAAACUCCAUUUAAGCAGGCCUUAAUUUAUAGUAGAAAAAAUAUUCGUCAUAAAAUUUAACUUUUGGUCUCCGAAUUUCGGUUUUUGUAUAUUCGCAGACCAAAAGUGGAAUUUAAUGACGAAUAUUUUUCUACUUUAUAUUUAGACUUGCUUAAAUGGAGUUUUGUGGGUGGCUUUGUAUAUUCGAAAACUGGACGUAAAUCCCCCAGUAAAGGCCUGGUUAUGCUCCCGUAAAUGUAGAACAAAUGUAUCGUAAAUGUAAAGAGGCAAUUAUGCUUAUAACGUAGCAUUUGACAUAUCAAACAAAAAAAAAUUUUUUAACAAAAAAAAAAGAGUUGAAGGUGGGAGAGGGUCUGACGUCGAAGAACUUCAGGCAUAACUCAAGGGCAGGUCGGAGAUGACGGCCCUCUACGCAAUGAUGGGAGAAUUUGAAACGUCUCUACAACUGAAGGAGUACGCGAUGGCGGCUUUCUAGAAUAUUGAGAGGGUAUUUAACAACGAGGAGAUGGGUCGACAGUCAACGCCUUGAGCCCCACGGGAGGACAGAAUAAGGCCAAGUUUCCCUUCUGGACACUAUGGAUGCCGUGGGGCAGACUGAGGAGGGUUUCAGCCGACUGGGACUGGAUUGCGGCUAUACUACGACACACACAACACUACAGGGAAGGCUAUGCAGCAGGCGCAAACUAAAUUCCGGGAAGGGAUUUACAGUUUUCGAAAGCAGUUGUAGCUACAUUUGUAUGUGGAGGUAGCGAUUCUCGUCAUAGCUUGUUUCGGUCACCGAUCGCCUCGGUAACAAAAUGACCAUUGGUUAUUUAAAGGCGCCAAUAACUCGCCUUGUCGUAUCGAGCAUCAUCGGCACUCAGUAUUUAAGCAAGAGCCAGUGCCACACAGCCUGUCACGGAGACUCUCCCUUCGAUACAGCUGAUUGUCUGCAAUUGCAGCUACUCCGUAUAAAAAGCCUUCCAUUAAUCGCAACCUGUGGACUCGCCCGGUAGCUCUCAACUGAGCUUCUUGUAAUGCCGAUGAAGAUAAAACAAAUUGGAGUUCAGUGUUUCAACUGAUGUGGUGCUUAUUAUCAUCACGUGUCGGGUCGAAAUCAGUAUGUGUAUAUGGCGGCCCUCAAGGCUGUGGGCUCUAGUACAGUGAGGUCGAAGUGCGUGGAGGAGUGUGUGGAAUCCCUGAAUAUACCCCAGUUUCAGGACAUAGUGCUAACAUGGAUUAGCGGAUACGCCGCAUUGGCGCUUACCCCACUCUCUUCUUGUAAUUUCUUGUUAUUACAUAUGUCUCACUUUUUUCACAACAUUUACUUUUCAGAACAGGUCAGACUGGCCAACUUUUCAUGAUGGGCUACCCAUUCAACCUUUAUUAACAAUAAAUUGUAAUAAAUUCCACAGAAAAAUACAAUAGGAGAAUAGAAGUUUUCUAAAUUUCUUCAAACUUCAAAUUUGAUCACCUGACAAGAAAACGAAACGUAAAAUUUAAUUUUCACUGAAUUCUACAUUCCGUUUACAGUCGACAGACGUUCGGUAAUCGUUUGCAUGCGUUUUUAUAAAGCAAAACAAAACAGCUGACACGUUUUCCUACAUUUACGAUAUAUUUACGAGAGCAUUACCAGACCUUAAGCCUCUUAAAUGAAAUAUGUAUUAUGAGUAAUCGUAGGCUAGAUAUUUACAAAAAUUGUAAAAAGUCCAGAAAAUCUCCCCCUAUUUUAAGAUACUUACCAAUGUCAAAUUUAAAAGCGUCUUUGCCUCUUCUUUCGAAAGCUAAUUUGUUUUUUCUGUAAGUUUAUUUUUUUUGUAUUUAACAGUGUUAUCUGUUAUUAAUACUGUAAAAUAUGUAUAGUAUAACUGUAUGUGUGUUCGUAUACUUAAAAUUUGUGCAAAAUUGCACAAAUUGUUACAGAAAGUCGUUCGCGUACUUUAUUUGCCAGCAGUAAUGAGCGAGAGAGUGCGUGAAAGCAAGCUAAAUUUUGAAAGUUUGGUAAUUGCAAUUUUCUCCUGGAGUAUUUUUCCCUAGCUGUUUUAUGAAAACCUGGGUCCGAAAUACCCAUAGACAGUGAAUGUCCAUGGAAAUACCGCAUACGUGAAUGAGUAAUAUCGUUCCAAAUCCCUCUAUUGUGAAUUAUGAAUCACAAUAGAGAGAUUUCGAUCGAGUUUACUCGUUCACGUAUGCUGUAAUUCGGGCCCUGUUCUUACUCUCCUGCAAAUUUUUACUGGAAAAUUACGCGAACAGACCUUAUAAAAUGUUUGACCGUUAUCUCUACAACCAAUGUAUUGCCUACCAAUGAAAUAGAUCUGCGAUUUUUACCGCUGCCGCUGAAUAUGUUCAAGUUUGUUUUUUUCGUUUUGAAUUUAUUUUUUAUGUUUUCUCACCAUUCUUAUUAUUUUGGUUGUAUUUUUCUAUUAAGUUUUGAUUUUGUUUUUAUUUUUUUUGGUUGUAUUUUUUUAUUAAGUAUUAUUUAUUAUUUAGUUUUUUUCUUAUUCCCUUUUCCCUGAGUUUCAUGUUUUAUUUUUAAGUUACUUUACUUUAUUUUUUUCAUACAUAUUUUCCUUUUGAAAGUUUCCUUAUUUUGUUUUAUUAUUAAAAUUUUUUACUUUACCACAAACUUUACAGCGGUUUAAAUUUUAGUUUCUUACAUAAAACAAAGCAAUCGAUUUCUUAUGUCUGAUGAAAAAACAAG